CAUUGUUCUAACAAGGAUAACCUCGCGGAAGAGUGAUGAAUCAAAUAAUUGAAGUCCAAAUGCAAAGUGGCGAGAAAGUUGACUUGGGGCAGGAAAUAAUUAGGAAACCAAACCCUUCACUGAACGUAAACCAAUCGUGAAUCACAAUCCGCCCCCGUUCAUUCGCCCAACAGAGAAAUUUUUGCUUAGAUCUCGGCCUAACUGUUAUUAGUCAAAGGGUACCGCCAGCAGCUGUUUGCCUCAUAGAGUAUUCAUGAUUGAUUGUUUACAUUGUUUGGUCAAUUAGUAUUGGACGAAUACGGGAAGGGCCCAUCAGUUACACCCUCGAGCACAUCGUGGAACUGUCAAGCUUUAGUCAGGUUAGGAGGCUGGUGAUGUGCCUACGAAUGACCUCGGACAUGACAUAACUAAAUCGGCUAUCGCUUUGCAGAUUAUAAGAUCCUCACGCAACGGAACACUUGAACGGUAUUUAAACAACAAUCGGCUCGCUAACGAACCAGCUCUUCUGCAAAUGGCUUCUAUUCGCGCACUUCAUGUGGUUUGUUUGUUCACUUUCCUAUUGAGUGCAUGGCGGAUAAACUGUCAGACGACUUGUUCAGAACACCUUGGAGCGAGAAAGCUGCCGAAUAUUCAAACUCCCCCACAAGGUAAGCUGUCAGUAAGAUUUUCUCUCUAUAUAUUAAAGAGUAGAGAAAUAUCCUUUUUUAUUGAUGAAACGGCAAGAUUCGUUUUCUCAACAGGGAAGGAGCCACAAGUUUGUGUCAGCAAUAUGACUUGCUGCACUGACCAAACAGAAGAUGCUCUUCGCGUUAAAGCCGCUAAAAAGAUGAAAACUCUCAUUGACACCAAAUAUACCGCUGCAAAAAGCUCGUUGUUGUCUCUUUUAGACGAACUCAAAGGUAAGUGUCUAUCGACGGUGCGUUAAAUAUUUUGUAAGCCGAUGAAAAGCACUUUCUUAUUUGCUUUAUAUAAACAAAUUCUGGACUCGACGAAAUAAAGAUCACAGUUCCGAAAGGAUUUUGCGGUUCAGAAAUUUUUAAUUGUGUCAGAUAGUUUAGUUCAGGUAGUUGUAUAAUUCCUAGACAAAAACACUCGUGUUCUCUUGGGGAAUUUUGAACAAUGGACAUCAAUAGAGCCCGAGUUAUUUCCUUCAGACGCCGUUAUUAAUUACAAUCUUUUCAUGUCAUACUCGACUGGCGCAAACAACAUACAGCAAUUGCUUAUUGUACACCGUGUUAAUUCACUUAAACGAUUGAGGCUGAGGCGCGUCUUUAAUAUGUCUCUUAUAUCGAUAUCCCUGCGCUUUGAAACAAUUGUUGAUUUCUUCUUCGCUCUCUAUGAAUCAAUACGGCCGUGUGAAUAAUGUAAUAUAACUGGGGUUAUCGAUAUUCGCUCAGCAACCGCAAAUUAUCAUUGAGGGUAGGUUUUCGAUAUUUCCAAGGAGAUUGACUGUUUCCGGUCUUGCAGCACAGAUUUACUUGAUGCACUUAAAGCUCAUUUGAAACAGAAUGGGUUUGCAUACGUUUGGGAAAUCGGUACUCUUUCAUUUAAAUAAUUUAUCCCGUUUACAAUUUCUCAUUCAUUAAAUUUGUCUAUGGAAUCUUAUCACCGUUGCUACGCAAACGUUUAAGUCUGUGAGGUAAAAACUGAUUAAAGUCUGUGUUUACCAUAUGUCAAUUAACUUUUUUAAAAUAGUAGAUCGUCGGUCGUAAGUUUAAGGCGAAAUCAUGAUGGAAGUGUUAUUUCUCGAAGGGGUUGGGAUAUUGAUCUCGUGUGUUAUGCCUUCGGGGUGCACAAGUUGAGCCUCGUGAAAUUGACGUUUCAGAAUAUUGAUUACCCAUUGUAAAAGUCUUGAACUUUCGUUUCAACUGUGCUCAGCGGGAAAUGGUCUUUUGUACUUUUCAAAACGAAAAUGCAUAUUGCUAGUUUUCUGUGACCAAAAUAAAGGUCUCCUCGGUGAUUUUUAUUCCAAAAGCCCUAAAGCUCAGUGAAGGAUGAAGCUUUUUUAGGUAAAUAAUAAAACUAAAGCGUCUUAUAUUUCUUUGACUGAACUGUUUAGAAGUACCCGCUAUAUUGCUUAAAAAAAAACAAAAUAAUUAUAUUCUAUCAUUCAAUCGUGACACUAAGUACGUCACUGGCAAAUCAGUGAUAGUGCAUUACUGUAAAUACUUAAAGGGUACAGUCAAAAUUCCCUUAGUACAUAUAAAAACCUAAGGCACUUUUCAAACAUCGUGCUACUGCCGUGCCGAUCUCAAUUGAUUGAAUUAAAUUCGACUUUAGCAUGGCAGUAGUGUGACGUUUGAAACCAAGUUGCGCUACUGCCGUGUAGCACGGCAAGCCUUGCCGUGCUACACGGUAGUAGCCCGACUUGGUUUCAAACGUCGUGCUAACGCUGUGCCAAACUCAAUUCAUAAAUUAUAAAUACAAAAGAAUAUUUAAAAGUCUGCUAAACCAUGCUUUAUUUUUGUGUUUUGUUGUCGGCAACAGCCAUUCUAUUCGACUGAAUUAAAUUCAACGUCUGAAACCAAGUCGGGCUAGUGUCGUGCUGCAGUCAAGCUACAGUCGAGCCAGCUUAGCACGGCAGUAGCACGAUGUUUGAGACAGGCCUAAGAAUAUAAAAAGCCCCAAGCAGUAUAAUCACAUUUACUAAAUCUGGUACGCCCUGUUACUGUGAAAUGUGACUAAAGGCAAAAGUUGACAAAAAGCCAAAAUUUCAUUUUGUAAAAUAUUGAAAAACAAAUACCAGUAGCACCGUGUGAAAGUUUUAUUUGAAUGGUCACACCAUAGGAUCUUGUCUGCAGACUUAAAAGUUAGAACCACCUCCCAAAACUGAGUCAUUUACUUUGGCAGUGAAAGGGUUUAAGAUGGAGGAAGCCAAACUGUUUGUCAUCUCUGAGUGUUUGAUUUAAUAUUGUCUGCCCACAUUCUGUUUAGUCAGAGAACUAAUACAAUUUUACUAUUACUUGGUUGGAUAGAUAGGCAGACAGAUAAAUAGAUAAUUAUUGCUACUUUAACAUGCUUUUUUUCUUUAUUAUUGAGGAUUUUGUUAUUUGUAUUGCAGCAUAUUUUCAGCGUGUUGUUCGUGAGGCUCAUCGCCAAACUGCUAUUUUCCUUCUCAACACUCAGAAGAAUCUUACCAUGGCUGAAGUCACAGUAAUAUCAACUUUCUUUAAAGAUCUUGAAAACUACGUGGUUGAUGACCAAAUGGAUUUACAAGACAUUGUUAAUACGUUCUUUCGGGACUCCUUUCCUUUAGUUCUUGACUAUGUUAACCCACCAGGCAAAACUGUAGCAGAUACAUACAGACAAUGUUUAAAGACCAACAUGGAGACAAUACAACCAUUUGGAAAACGUCCAGCUCAUCUGGUGGGCAUCUAUGAGCAAAUCUUUCAGCCUGUGCGUGAGCUAUUGAGUAGCUUAAAGUUUGCAAUAGAACUGAUGAACAAGGCACAACAGUUUAAUUUUACCAGUGGAUGCAAGAAAACACUUUUGCAGAUGGAGUUUUGUUCGUUGUGCCAAGGUUUUGACAAAGUUAUGCCAUGUUACAGUUAUUGUAAAGAAGCACUAAGGAGGUGCUUGUCGUCUGAAAUUCUAUUACAGACAAAGUGGGGCAAGUUCAUUGAAAAUGUUUAUUUGCUUUCUGAAAGUAUAGCAAAGUCCAAUCUGGAGAACUUGUCAAAUAGAAUCUACAAGGAUUUGUGGGAUGCAGCAAUGUUUGUGUUGAUCCAGAAGCAUAGUGUCAUGAAACAGGUAAUGUUGCCACUUUAGAAAUGAAAGUGGGCCAAGUUAACUUUCACAAAGACAUCUGGGACUGUCACUGGGGACAGGGGAAAGAAUUGACCAAUAGCUGACCGGCGUGUCCCAGUAAUGAUUGCAGAACACUUUGCAAAAGCUAGUUUGACCCAGUCUCCUCAUUUUUGAAGUGGCAAAUAGAAUCAAUAUCAUGCCAGUCUUUUAUUUUACAAGACUACCCCCAGUAUGUGCUAAGUUUUCUGUUUCUUGAAACAACAGUGAGAUUUGCUACUCGACUACCCUCCCAUCCUUGCUCAAAUGUUAGAUAUUAACAUGUGUACUACCCUGAUCUCUUAUUUUCUCUUUGUGUUUUGGUCAUGAACCAUUUAUUUACUCGUUGUUUAUGUAUUCAAAAUUAAUGUACCUUCAAGGGAUUGUGUUUGUUUCUUGUUUUACAUGGGAUAGACAUCAUUAAUAAGUUUAACUUUUGUUUCAUAUACACAGGUGUUAGACAAGUGUGGCACUCCACAAUACAUCAACGCUCCAUAUUCUAAAACUUCUCUCUAUACAAAGUCCGUUGCACCAGCUCCUCAUGUAAAGAUACGUCUGUUCUCCAAGAUGGAUUCAGCUAAAUUGAAAGUGUUGGCGCACAAGUCUUUUUAUGAAGGCCUACCUGAGGAGCUGUGUGUAGUUGAGGAGCUUUCUGCCAGGCGAGAAGAUUCUGAAGACUGUUGGAAUGGCAAAUCUAUUGGAAGGUGAAUACUAGUAGUAGUUGUAGUUGUUGUUAGGUCUUAAAGGGUGAACUGGCCAUCCUCAUACAGGGGUUUCAUCAAGAAUUGCAGUAGCAGGAGAAUUAUAUUGUAAAGUAACAGGAGAAUAUUUUGAAAGAGCAAAGAACUUUCCCAGAAAAAGCUUGAAAACAAGCCUGGAAAUUUUGCAUUUUAAACCCUGCUGAGUCUGAUAGCAAGUUCUAUUUCUUGUAGCUGCCAAACAAAAAACACUGCAUACCUCUACACGUUUUAGAAGUCAUCGUUAAAAUAGAAAAAUCUCAAAAUUUGCAUUUGUUUCAUAGUAAUUUGAUACUCUGUCAUUUAUACACGGUGAACUUUGCCAAAUUUAUUUCCAUAGCAGUUCACAAAGAAUUCGUUCUUUUUAUUCAUAAAGGUAGUUGAUUCUUAUCACUUAAACUUUUCUUGUCGUAACUUUGCCACUAUGAUUUGUUUAUCUUGUACUUUAUUUUCUGUCAUGUUUUGUUUCAUUAGUAUUUAUUUGUUUAAUAAUUUUUUGUGUGCAAAUAAAAAAGUGUUGAGCUCAACUCUCCACGCUCCAACAAAGCAUCUAGUAUUUUACACAUCCCCUGUUUUGUUGGGCUUAAAACUGCUAGCAUUUAAAUAGGGUCUUUUAUGUAUUUGUAAUUUAUUUAGGAAUGCAAAGCAAGUGGCUAAGCGCUAAAAUUAUGCAUUUCUGGGAAUAAUUUCUUUUUACAUAACAUAUCCAUGUCUGAUUUGUCUGAACAAAAAAUACCGUAAAAUUCCAAAAAUAAGCCCCUCCAUGUAUAAGCCCCUCCAAAUAUAAGUCCCCCAAACCGGUAACGUAAAAGACCCUCUGUUAAAUCGUUCCUUCAAAUAUAAGCCCCCUGGUGGCUUCAAAUUGGAAAAUUGCCCUCAAAUACAAGGUAUAACAAAGCAAAAACGGUAAAUUUACUUCCAACUCUAAGGCUAGCCCAAUUGAUUUUGAGGCACAAAUUUCCCUCCAUAGCAAAGCCCCUCAAAAAGGGCCUUUGAAAAAUAUAAGCCCCGGGGCUUAUUUUUGGAAUUUUACAGUAGCCGUACUUCAUUGAAAUUUAGCCGGAGAAUUUUGAGUAGUAGAUGGAGAAUUCUCCGGUCUCCGAUGCUUAAUGAAACCCCUGUCAUAGCAAGGGAAAAUAGAGGUAACCCAAAAAAAUAUUAUUAGAAUGGUAUGGUCUUCAUUCCCAAUAUUAACUGUUGUCCCCAUAGCAAAGCUCCCACAUGCACAGCAGAGCACCAUGGGCAGUAAAAUCUGGUUAUCUAUCCACCCAUGAAAUUUUGGUUGUGAUAAAAAUGUCCUUAAAUCCACCGCAAGACAUAAAUCAGAUGGGAACACUAAGUGUUAAAUUUGAAAGACACAAGUUAUUGGAAUGAGUUUUUGACAACCAGAGAUUUUUUGAUUGUUGAUUUUUUAAUGUAAUAUUUUCUUCGUCAGAUUAUUUUAAGUUAGAAACCAUUUAUUAAUGUUAAGAAUUUUAUUCUGUUUGAUAGAUAUACAGGUUUAGAAUCAAGUGAUGUAGAGAUGAGCACUCAGGAAGGUAACCAUUUGAAACUUUUGAUGGACAAUUUACAUGAGAAGAAUAGGGAAAUCAGGAAGUUGAUUACAGACAAUGAAGUAAAUGAAGCAGAUGAAAGCGGCAGUAGCAGUGGAAGUGGUGGCCAAGGUAACUACCUUUACUCUGUGUAUGCAAAACUGUAAAUGUCAUCUUUCAAUGCCAUUAUUUUGCCAACAUCAAACUUCCAAAUUCUAUAUUCUUCAUAAUUCUUAAAAAACAAAAAGUACUAUCCCUAAGCACUGUGGAAGAUGUUUCAUUUUUCCCUGAUUGAAUCGUCUAUAAUCAUGAUUUAUAAGUUGUAAUAAAUAACUUUCUUUCUACCUCCGCGUAGAAAAUGGAAGUGCUGAUUGUGUUGAGGAUGACGAAGAUUGUGGUAGUGGAGGGGGAUGGAGUGGAAAUAAAAUCAAUGAAAUCACUGGAGAAGAUUCAAGUGAGUAAUUCGUAGAUUCUGCUAGCAGAUAAUCCAUCAGUUGACAUUAAAGUCUUUAUUACUAUAAUGUCUUUCAGCAAAAGACUCAGAUGUCUACAUAGUCAAUGGCACCAAAGAACCAAGCAAUGAGAUUGACGAUACACAGGGUGGUGGUGUUCCCAAUGCUUCACAACCUGGGAAUGUACUAGCUCAAGGGAACGUGUCUUCACACUUAGCCAGCUGCCUGUUUAAUAUACUAGCUCUGUUUUUAUUUUUGUUGCUCAUCAGAAAUUGGUAGUCAUAAUUGGGAAAAAAAUUGUGGUUUUUCGUCAACAAUGUUAGGAGGUGUAAGCCUUUUAUUAUAAUGAUCUUAUUAUUACGGGAUAACACUGCAGACAAACAUCAUCCUGAGAAUUAACAACGUAGGAAAGUCAAGGAAGGUAUCAGCGUGCAAAGACAGUAGUGUGGGAUAGCCCAGGGUAAGUGGAUUUUGCUAUUGGGCUAGUGAAUUCUGUUUUUAACUUGCCCCACAGGCAAGUGAUGUUUUAUGAGGAGUUUGAAUAACAGAAGAACAAUAAGUUUUUGGGGCUAGUUGAAAUGACGUCUGGGCUAGUAAACGCUAGCUUUAGCUUGCCCGAAUGGCAAGCUGUAAAAAUGAUUUUCUUUGCACCCUGGGUAUGAAUGCAAUAGCUUGCAAACUCUUUUACUUCUAAAAUAUAUAUAUAUGUGUCCACAGACUUGUUUUUCAGCAGUAACAAGGGUUGAUACUUUUUAUUAAAUUCUAAACCUGUUAUAAUGUAUCUCUAGCUUUAUCACUGGAUCUAGGUAAUGAUUUUAGGUCAUAGUUUCACCUUUUUGGAAAAUGAGGUGCAACAACAGUCAACUCAGACUGAUACCCUGAAGCCUGCUUAAUUACUGAGGGUUUUUUGUAAUUAAAUGAAAGUAGGUGAAAACAAAGAAUGAGACGAAUUUAAUAUUGCAGUUUGCCUUUGUUUGAUACCAGAUUGAUUAUAGCCAACUCAUAACCAUUGCGGGCCUGAGGGAAAAUAUUAUUGUUAAAUACUUACAGGACUUGUGGAUGUGACAUGUGUUAAUAAGUUUUCUACUCUCAGUCAUUAGCUGGGUGGUUACUUUUUUAGGGUGAUAAUGAAAGGAUAGUUGCAUUUUUCUUGGCUCAGAAGUUAAUGCUUGACAAAUAUUUAAUUUUGUAUGAUGGUCACACAUGAAGACAUAUCGUUUUGUGAAGCAACAGGCAAUAACACUUCAUGUAAUUUAGAGCUUUUGGUUUUAAACUCUAAAACAAGAAGUUGGUUCACUUCUAAAUUAAACUUUUAGAUCUCUUGCUAGCGACAUUUAAAGCAAAGGCUUUUGGUUACAUAUUUUGAAAUCAAAAGGCUGCUAAACUUGACCUUCAUGCUUGGACCCCAUACAGAUGAUUCUUGUAAUUUUAUUGCCAAUAUAUCUAAAUUAGUCUACUUGUUGACCUGUUUUUUUAAAGGGAAUUACAAAUACAGGGCUCAAAAAAGUCCUGUCUGGAUGUUGUUCUUGCGUGGCAAGUCACUUUUUAAGUUGCUCAUUUGCCCAGUAGUCAAAGGGUCUAACAAUCAAGAAAAAUGUCAGAGCUGAGUUGCUUGUCCGAAAGUCACACUAGAAUUUAAGGUUUUUUUAGCCCUGCCAAUGGCCAGUAUUUAUAGUUUUGUCUCUUUUCUAAGUAGACCAGACAUAUUUAAGAAACACACUUCUUCAGCCUUAACAAAAAAAUUUGCUAUUGUCGUCAAUUAUGAAAUGUUAUAUUUUGGAUACAAAUUAUGGGCUAAUAACUUAUAUUCAUUGAUUAAAUAUUAAAGCAAAUGAAGGCUGAAGUGAGCAUUUCAAUAGAUAUUAUUUUCAUUUGUGAAGCUGUUGGUAGUUGUCACAUCUUCUAGUUUAAUAUCCAUAGUUGUAUCAUGGUAGGUUAUUUGACUGAAAAGUUAUUGUUUAUGUGUGUGUAGAAAGUUUUGCAUGUAAAUAGAGGAUAGUACAUGGCUGUGCUGGAGAUACAAAAUUUGUCUUCGAGUGUUAAAAAAUAUUUCACGAGAGAGUGCAGCGAACAAGUGAAACAUUUUUUCACCACAAGAAGAGAAAUCCGGCCAUGUAAUGUUCUAUUUAUUAUAUAAACACCAAUGAAAUACCAAACCAUUUCACUUAAAUAGUUUUUUGGUGUGAAAGGUGCAAUUUAUUAUGUAGCCAUAGCAACGGCGAUAUUUUCACACGUGAAGAUAAGAUGUUAUUUUCACAUGUGAAGAUAUCAAGUUUUCGCGUGAAAGCUUACCUGGUAGUUUAUUGGUUUUCAUAUAAUAACAAGUAUUAUUACCAUUUGUUCAUAAUGUACAGAUUAUCAAAGGCUCUCUUUUUGCUAUUUCAAAGCAUUGACUUAUAAGACCAUUUUCAGCACAUUAUCUUAAUCAUGUAUAGCACAGCACAUCAGAUUCUUCCAGAUGUAGGGUACAUGUCUUUAGAAUGUUUACUAUGAAUUUUAUGUGUCCCAGCUUCACAUUGCUUUAGAAUUCAUGACAUGAUUGGAAAAUAGGGUGAAAAGAGAGAUUGAAAAUUCAGGCUACAACACAAUAAUUGUUAUCUACUUUAGCCACUACCAGGAACAUGCCUUUAAUGCUUCAAAAACACAAAACUAGCAAUGUUUGAGUUUCUUCUUGUAGAAAUUUGAUGCAGUAAAUUUUCUUUUGUAGCAGUAACUGUAAAUACUGUUAAUGUAUACUAAAGCAGUAAACAUUUUACACACUGUGAAUCCUCUUUCAAGUCCUUCUCUCAAAAAACUUCCCUCAGAAAUGAAACAUACCAGUACAAGUUUCCCUGCCAUUUUUACUUUCAGACCAAUAAACAAAAGGCAGUUUACUAAUUCUUCAUGUAUUAAUUUUAUGGUGAAAUUUUUUAAACAUCACUCCGAUGCCUCUGACAGUCACUUUAGUCUGAGUGUUCCUCCUGUCUUACUAGUAACCCAAGUGUGCUUGAAGAAAGUAAAACCUCCCCCUCAAAGGGUGAGGCUUACAGGAGGAUUUAUGAUAAUUAUGGUAGUUUCAUUAUUUGCUUGUCAAGGCUUAUUAGAGUAAGUAUGGUUUAUCGGUGUAUGUAUUAAAAUCCAAAAGAAAUUAGCGGCAUGAUUUUAAACAUUGUAAAU